AUGAGACAAAUAUAUACGCAUCUCACUUUCGUUUAGGGUUUUCGAUAUCGACUGAAGCUCUGCGGCCGGUUGCUGUUCGCCAAGGGUUGUUACUUACGUUUCUCCAUCUCUCGUCAGCUGUUAUCCCCUCGAGCAUUACAAGCUGUGAUUCCAGGGAAGGAUGUCGCAUAGGAAGUUUGAGCACCCAAGGCAUGGGUCCCUUGGCUUUCUUCCCAGGAAGCGUGCUUCUCGUCAGAGGGGAAAGGUGAAGGCAUUUCCCAAGGAUGACCCAACCAAGCCAUGCAGGCUAACUGCAUUCUUGGGAUACAAGGCUGGUAUGACUCACAUUGUCAGAGAAGUUGAGAAACCUGGCUCCAAACUUCACAAGAAAGAGACAUGUGAGGCAGUGACAAUUGUCGAAACACCUCCAAUUGUGAUUGUUGGAGUUGUUGGCUAUGUGAAAACACCUCGUGGACUUCGUUGCCUCAACACUGUUUGGGCUCAGCAUCUGAAUGAGGAGGUGAGGAGGAGGUUUUACAAGAACUGGGUCAAAUCAAAGAAGAAAGCUUUUACCAAGUACUCAAAGAAGUAUGAGUCUGAGGAUGGAAAGAAGGAUAUCCAGGCACAGUUGGAUAAGUUGAAGAAAUAUGCAUGUGUCAUUCGUGUUUUGGCUCACACCCAGAUAAGGAAGAUGAAGGGACUGAAGCAGAAGAAGGCUCACCUGAUGGAGAUCCAGGUGAAUGGUGGGACAAUUGCGCAGAAGGUUGACUUUGCAUAUGGCUUCUUUGAGAAGCAGGUGCCAGUUGAUGCUGUGUUCCAGAAGGAUGAGAUGAUCGAUAUCAUCGGUGUCACAAAGGGUAAGGGUUAUGAAGGUGUUGUAACAAGAUGGGGUGUAACACGUCUUCCUCGUAAAACCCAUAGAGGUUUACGCAAAGUUGCCUGUAUUGGUGCAUGGCAUCCUGCUAGAGUUUCCUUCACUGUUGCCCGUGCUGGUCAGAAUGGUUACCAUCACCGUACUGAAUUGAACAAAAAGAUCUAUAAGCUUGGCAAGGCAGGACAGGAGUCCCAUACAGCAAUAACCGAGUUUGACAGGACCGAGAAAGACAUUACUCCUAUGGGUGGAUUUCCUCACUAUGGUGUUGUGAAGGAUGACUUCCUCUUGAUCAAAGGUUGCUGUGUUGGCCCCAAGAAAAGAGUUGUUACCCUCCGCCAAUCUCUGCUCAACCAGACCUCACGUGUUGCUCUCGAGGAGAUUAAGCUCAAAUUCAUCGAUACUUCCUCCAAGUUUGGACACGGUCGUUUCCAGACCACACAGGAGAAGCAGAAAAUCUAUGGUCGUCUCAAGGCUUAAGUUUCCCGUUGUAUCACAGUUUUUUGUGUCUUCGUUUUGGAAUUUAGAAGUUUUGUUUCAUCUUUUGUAAAACAACGAGAGUACAUUUUAGCUAUACCUUACCCAAGGCUGCCUGUUUGUGUUUCAUCAAGUGAUUUUACAACCA